UUUGGUUGCGUUACAUAGAAUCAGAUUCUUCGAUUCAACAAACAACUACACUUGGUCUGUGUUCGUGUGUGUGUGUCACACUUUACCACCGCUAAUUUGGUCCCUUUCUCUCAAUGCUUCUUUAAACACGUUACACUUGGUGGAAGGAAUCAAAUGGAAGCUGAAGGGUGAGUGUGUGAGUGAGAACUGAGAACCCUUCUUUACACUGAAACAAGAAGAAAGAAAGAAAGAAAGAAAGAAAGAAAGAAACCACUUGAAUUUGACAGUGUUUGUCAUGGCCAUGGAUGGAAGAAUCUGCGAGAAAUUAACGGCCAGAUACUACGCCCUUUGUGCCAUUGCUGGAACGAUCAGUGCUGGUACCACUCACCUUGUCACCACUCCUCUUGAUGUCUUGAAAGUCAAUAUGCAGGUGCAUCCUGUUAAGUAUUACAGCAUUUCAACUUGCUUUACGACGUUAUUGAGGGAACAAGGGCCUUCUGUUCUUUGGAGAGGUUGGACUGGCAAGUUCUUUGGCUAUGGUGCUCAAGGAGGAUGUAGAUUUGGUUUAUAUGAAUAUUUCAAGGGGGUUUAUUCCAAUGUGUUGGUGGACCAGAACAGGAGUCUUGUUUUCUUUCUUAGCAGCGCGUCUGCUGAAGUAUUUGCCAAUUUAGCUCUGUGCCCGUUUGAAGCUGUUAAAGUGAAGGUUCAAGCACAACGCAGUUUCGCAAAGGGCUUGUAUGAUGGCUUUCCAAAGUUAUAUGCAUCAGAAGGCAUGCGAGGAUUCUACCGUGGACUUGUUCCACUUUUGGGCCGAAACCUUCCAUUUUCCAUGGUUAUGUUCUCAACAUUCGAACAUUCAGUUGAUUUUUUGUAUCGUAACGUUGUCAAAAGAAAAAAGGAGGACUGUUCAAAAGCUCAACAGCUUGGUGUGACAUGUUUAGCUGGAUACGCAGCUGGAUCUGUUGGUAGCUUCAUUUCUAACCCCGCUGACAAUAUUGUGGCUUCUCUUUAUAACAGAAAGGCUGAUAGUCUUGUGCUGGCUGUCAGAAGAAUUGGGCUAGCCAAUCUAUUUACCAGGAGCCUUCCUAUUAGAAUGAUGCUGGUCGGUCCUUCUAUAACAUUGCAAUGGUUUUUCUAUGACACGAUCAAAGUUUUAGGUGGACUGCCAACUAGCGGUGAAGUUGCAACUGACUUGUUAGAAGCGGCAGCAGUCUAGAUAUAGAGUUGGAAUUUCGCAGUCACAUUUUUCGUAUGAUUGCAAGUCAUUUUAUAGCAUAUACAGGAACAGUUUUGGCAACUUUGUUUUCUGCCAUCAUUUUGUCCUUUGAAUGUCCUUAUAGGCUAUCGCUGAAGCUUUUGAAAUCUGGUUUUGGAAAAGAAUGACGAGCCCAUUCAUGUACUGAAUGAAUUGUAUUAGCAUACUAUACUGGGAGUUACAAAAAAUAAAGAAAAACAGAGAUUUACUAGUAAUGCUUGUGCUGGCAAUUUACCAGCUAGGGUUUUGUUCAUUCCACUUGGCAAGGAAAGGAACAUUUCACAAUUGUAUAAUGUAGGCAGAAACAUCCAUCUUAGCAGGUUUUUUACCCAAGUCUUCCCGGAAAUGAUUUGAGGUCAAGCUACAUUUGUCUGUCAACUAUAUUUAAGCAAUUGAUUGGUGUGUUUGGUUCUGUUGUAGAAAGCCCCAUAAUCACUUUUGAAAAGAACCUACAAAGUGAAUUUUCUGGAA